AUGCCAACACCAAAUGUGGCCUACAGCGCCAAGACAGGCGCCAAGACUGCCAAGACUGUCAAAUUUACCCAAAUCUGCAUUGUGCUGUGCUCUUCCCUGGUGGUCACCGUCAUCACCUCAGUUGCCUUGAUGUUCAUUCCCAGUGCAGGCGAUCCGGAAAAAGAAGAUCAAAGUCCUGAAGAGGAAUGGCGUCACCUGUGGGUCUUUUGGCUGUACUUUAUCAUUCGAAUAGUCUUUGCAAUCACAUCAGGCAUAUGCUUCACUCUGCUGGACGCCACUUCGAUUGCGCUCAGUGAAAAGUACAAUACCUCAUUUGGCAGAGUACGCUUUUGGGGGAUUUUGGGCACUGGUCUCUUUUCGCCAAUCUGCGGAUGGCUUGUCGAUCGGACCGACGGUCAGUCAGAAUUUGAAUCUGACUACUCACCUACAUUUCACUUCUUCAACUUUUUCGUGUUUCUCACGGUGGUCAUCUCAAUUGUCCUUGACAUUGAAGUGUCGGCGCCUCCAAAGAAUAUGCUUAGAAAUCUCUUGAAACUGAUAAAAUCACCCUCCGUUUGGAUUCUCUUUGUUGUCAUUUUUGUCUUAGGCACCCUGUGGGGCUUUAUUGAAAGCUUUCUUUUCUGGUAUUUGCUCGACUUGAAAGCCCCCAAGAUGCUGCUCGGCUUGACGCUCACCACCGGAGCCGUCGUGUCGCUGCCCUUUCUCGUCACCUCCGGUUGGUUUGUCAAAAGAUGCGGCAACGAGAACUUGAUGAUUCUGGCGCUGGUAUUCUACUUUAUCCGGUGUUACGGUUACUCGCUCAUCGAGUCGCCCUUCUGGUGUUUUCCCUUCGAGGCGAUGGAGGUUUUUACGUACCAUUUAAUGUGGGUUGCCGCCGCCAUUUACAGCGCCGAACUGGCACCGGAAGGCCUUCGAGCGACAAUGAUCGGAGCAGUGGGCAGCCUGCACUACGGCAUCGGACGAGCUUCCGGUAGCAUGAUUGGUGGCUCGAUGAUGGCCUUGAUUGGCGCCCGAUUAGCUUUUCGCUAUCUGGGAAUUGGAGCAGCGGUGACGGCAGUCUUUUACAGCAUUUACUACUAUGGUUACUUUCGAAAAACUAAACCAGCCAGUACCAGCGUGACGGAGGUGGUGGAGAAGACAGCAGCGAAAAAGUCAACUCAACAAAACGGCGCAUCAGUGGACU